AUGGUUCAUAGCUACCUCAAGCACGGUCCGACAGAGGCCUUUGGCUUGGUCUGUAGCGCUUCUUCCAACUCAAUAUACGAUGGCAAAUUGGCAUUUGUGCCUGCAUUGGAAGAUGUACUGGUCUGGGACGUGAAGAAGGGCCAGAUGCUUUCCAUGUGGCACGAAACCGGGCACAGGGCAGAGGUCACUUGCAUCAUUCAGUCACCUCAGAAGGACAUCUUCGCCGUCGGUUACACUGACGGUUCUAUUCGUCUCUGGAAUGCAUCGGAUGCCUCAGCUGUUGCAACUUUCAACGGGCACAAGAAGGCUGUCACCGCUCUCGCUUUCGACGAGGCUGGCGCAAGACUAGCUUCCGGCUCGCAAGACACGGAUCUUAUUCUGUGGGAUGUUGUCGCGGAAGCUGGUAUAUUCCGUCUACGUGGACACCGUGAUCAGAUCACAGCCAUCCGGUUCGUUGAAGCUGUCUCUUCAAGCGUCCCCUCGACUUCAGCUACAGCUGCUUCGGGCUUCUUUCUCACAUCGUCGAAAGACACGUUUGUAAAGUUGUGGGACCUCUCUACCCAACAUUGCGUGCAGACCGUCGUUGCCCACCGCGCUGAGGUAUGGACGCUCGCUGUGGAUGUCGAGCAGAAGCUUGUCUUUAGUGGUUCUGCCGAGGGGGAGAUGAAGGCGUGGCGGUUGGAUCAUGAGGCCAUGUCUGCGGGCCUGCAAGAAAACGAAAGCGGCGAGGUCACAAAAAUGAUUCUCCCUGUGACCACUCUCCCUCUCUCCUCGAAGCACAAAGUCUCGCAGAUUACCUUUCACCCCUCUAGGCCUUACCUCGCUGUCCAGUCGCAUGACAGGUCUGUUGAGAUCUUCCGCAUUCGGACGGAAGAGGAAGUCCGCAAGAAGCAAGCGCGUCGUUUGAAGCGUGCGAAGGAGAAGGAGCAAGCGAAAGCGAAGGGAAAAGGCAAAGCGUCGGAGGGAGAUGAGGCCGACGAUGCGGAGCACAAGGAUGUCGAGCUGCCGGACCUGUUCACACCAUAUCUUGUCGUUCGUGCCAGCGGAAAAAUUCGGUCCUUCGACUUCCCGAAUGAGGAGUAUAGUACGCAGGGUAACACCAACAUCUUCCUCGCACUCUCGAUAAACGCCUUAGAGGUCUAUAGCUUUCCGCCGCCUAGUAAGGACAAGAGCAAUCAGCCAGAGGCGACCCGCACGCUGUCUGUUGAGCUUCCCGGACAUCGGACAGAUGUCCGAACUCUAUGCCUGAGUUCGGACGACCUCCUCCUAGCGUCCGCUUCAAACGGAUUACUGAAGAUAUGGAAUAUGAAAACGUUCACUUGCAUCCGGACUAUGGGAUGCGGGUACGCUGUCUGCAACACCUUCCUUCCUGGUGAUCGUCAAGUCGCCGUGGGUACCAAAAACGGAGAAAUUCUUGUGUACGAUAUCGCGUCUUCGUCUCUGCUCGAAACCAUCCAAGCACAUACAGCGACCGUAUGGUCAAUGCAUAUGCGUACAGAUGGUCAAACACUUGUGACGGGUAGUGCCGACAAAGACGUCAAGUUCUGGGAAUUUGAGCAGAAGCUUGCAGACAGCGAGAGUCCACAUAGCACGAGACUGCUCUCGUUGGUCCAUGUGCGAACGUUAAAGAUGACCGACGAUGUCCUAUCCGUACGGUACAGCCCGAGCGGUAAACUACUCGCGGUUGCCCUUCUGGACUCUACCGUGAAAGUCUUCUACCAGGACACUCUGAAGUUUUUUCUAUCUUUGUACGGUCACAAACUUCCAGUGCUGUCUAUGGACAUUUCCCACGACUCCAAGCUUAUUGUCACCUGCUCUUCGGACAAGAACGUCAAGAUUUGGGGCCUUGACUUCGGUGACUGUCAUAAGUCUAUCUUUGCGCACGAUGAGAGUGUCAUGCAGGUUGCGUUCGAGCGCAACGACACCCGCGAGGGCGAGAACGCGAAGCCAACGCACUACUUCUGGACCGUCAGCAAGGACAAGAUACUUAAGUAUUGGGACGGCGACAAGUUUGAGCUGAUCCAGAAAUUCGAGGGCCACCAUGGCGAAAUCUGGGCGCUGGCAGUGAGCAACCACGGGAAGUUUGUUGUCACUGGGUCGCAUGACAAGUCGGUUCGCGUUUGGGAGAAGCUCGACGAGCCGCUAUUAGUGACAGUUUGUCGAUACCAGCUCUUUCUCGAGGAAGAGCGCGAACGAGAGCUCGAGAUGCUCUACGAGACCGGUAUUGCCGAUAGCAUGAACCGGGAAGAUGCGGCUAUCGGUAGUGGUGCUGCCGACGCAGACGGUGUCCCGGCGACGACCACGGAUACCGAAGUCGCGGCGGUCGCAAAGCAGACGACAGAGACUCUCAUGGCGGGCGAGAAGAUCAUGGAGGCGAUCGACCUCGCAGAUAACGAGAAUUCCGUCUUCCGUGAGUACGAGGAGGCGAAGGCUAAAGGCGGGCUGUCCGAACAGAUUGCGCCUCCGCCACGGAACCAAGUCCUUGCAGCGUAUGAUAUAGAGCCAGAGGAAUACGUCCUGAGGGUCGUUGAGAGGGUGUCUCCAACGUCGCUUUACGACGCGCUAUUGGUGCUGCCGUUUGGCAAGGUUGUCAGCUUGAUGCGCUACCUGAACUAUUGGGCGCAGAGGGAGUGGAACCUCGUCCUUACGUCGCGAAUUAUCUUCUUCCUGCUAAAGACACACCACCACCAAAUCGUCGCGAACCGGGUGAUGCGCAUGGCCCUCUUUCCACUACGCAAGCAUCUGCGAGAGGCCCUCCAGAGACAAAAGGACACGAUCAGCUACAACCUGGCUGCGUUGAAGUACAUCAAGCGCCAGAGCGACGCGAAGCUCACCGCCGAGUUCUUUGAGGAAGAAAUGGACGAGGAGAAAGUGCGUGAGCGCAUCACGGAAGGCAAAAAGAGGAAACGCGUAUCCAUUAAGGCGUAG